CAGCACAGGGUGAAGCUCUGCCCGCCACACACACACACACACACUCACACACACACACACACACAUACUCUGCAGUCCCUCCUGGAAAACACUGGCUGGAGUUUGCAGCGCUCAGCAGCAUGGAAGUAACUAAAGGAGAGGACGGCUCUGCCGAACAGGCUGCUUCUUUGUUUGAGGCUCCAGAGCUGGAAAGUCAAAGGAGAAACAAUGAUCGGGGGAAGAAGAGGAAUAACCACUGUAAAAUCAUUACUGGGGUUCUGCUGCUGUGUUUGCUGGUGGUCAUCCUGGCUGUAGCGUUAUCACUGAGGAAGAGCAGUGAUGGGAAAGCAGAAGGUGAGCUCUGGCUGCAUGCAGAAGAUCAGGAAGUUCAUCAGUCACGGUGUCCAUCUGGUUUUUCCAGGGCUCCUCUCAUCCUGGUGUCCUUGGACGGUUUCAGGUCGGAGUACCUAAAAGAUCACGUCAGCCACCUUCCUAUCAUCAACAAGUUACGAAAGGACGGAACAACAACGACGUACAUGAGGCCUGUUUAUCCCACAAAGACCUUCCCCAACCACUACAGCAUCGUGACUGGUCUUUAUCCUGAGUCUCACGGGAUAGUGGACAACAAGAUGUACGAUGUGAGCCAAGAUGCUUUCUUCAGCUUGAAAUCUGAUGAAAAAUUCAACCCGAAAUGGUACCAAGGAGAACCGGUCUGGAUCACUGCCAUGCAUCAGAAACUGAAAGCAGGAACCUUCUUCUGGCCUGGCUCAGAUGUAAGAAUCAAUGGCACCUUCCCAGACUUGUACAAGUCGUAUGACAAGAAAAUCACAUUUGAGCAGAGAGUGUCGACGGUGUUUGAAUGGCUCAGCUUACCUCAGGGAGAAAGACCUGACUUCUACACUUUGUACCUGGACGAACCUGACUCAGCAGGACAUCGAUACGGACCAGCGAGCAGUCAGGUCGUUCAGGCCUUGGAAAAUGUGGACAGGGUCGUGGGUUUGCUGAUGGAUGGCCUGACACAGAGAGACCUGCACCACUGUGCCAACAUUAUAAUCGUAUCAGACCACGGCAUGGAGGAGGCUUCGUGUGAAAAGGCAGCAUACGUGUCAAACUACCUGACCGAAACUAAUGACUUUGCCGUCAUCCAAGGCCCAGCUGCUCGCAUCAGACCCCACAGCCUCCCAGCGGAUUUCUUUUCCUUCGACUAUGAGGGCCUGAUGAAGAAGCUGUCGUGCAGGACCUCUGACCAGCCAAUGAGGCCGUACCUCAAAGAAAACCUCCCCAAAAGGAUGCACUUUGCUAACAACAAACGCAUAGAGAGAGGACACCUCUAUAUGAAGAAUGGGUGGCAGGCUGCGCUUAACCGGCAGGAACUCAAGUACUGCACUGGUGGAUUCCACGGCUCAGAUAACCUCUUCCCCAACAUGCAGGCGAUCUUCAUCGGCUACGGUCCAGAAUUUAAAGAACACACUGUUGUGCCCCCUUUUGAAAACAUUGAAAUCUACAACCUCAUGUGUGAUCUCCUCGGUAUUCGUCCCGCUCCAAACAACGGGACUCACGGCAGUCUGAACCACCUUCUGAAGCGUCCCGUCUACCUGCCCGUCCACCCAGCGCAGCUCUCCCAUGAAACCCCCUGUGAGGCCGGUGACCCCGCCCCCGCCAACAACCUGCAGUGCGCCUGUCCAUCCCGGAACAAGGCGGAGGAGACAGACAUGAACAGAGAUCUCAUAGCAACUAAUUUCAGUGUCAAAGCCAGCUUACGUCGCCUCCACCAUCCCUUCGGCACCCCUCAAGUCGUCCAGCCAGACGCCAGCUUUUGUCUCCUCCACCAGUCGAACUACCUCAAUGGAUACAGCAAAGACCGCCUCAUGCCCCUGUGGGUGUCGUACACCAUCCAGCCUCUGACCAGAGUCCGACCCCUGAGCCCGGAGUCAGAGGACUGUGUUCGUGCUGACGUGCGCAUCCCACCGGCCGCCAGCCAGCUGUGUGUGAGCUACAGAAACAACUCCGCUCUAUCCUUCGGCCUGCUGCAUCCCCCCAAUCUGAGCGCCAACGGACUCGAGGCAGACUCUCUAAUCACGAGCAACAUGGCACCAAUGUUCCCUGCAUUUAAAGAGGUUUGGACCCAUGUUCAUGAUGUCCUGCUUCCAAAAUAUUCACAACAGCUGAACGGAGUCAACGUCAUGAGCGGCCCGAUAUUUGAUGAAGACUAUGAUGGAAACGUUGAUGCACUCAAAGUAAUCUCAGGGAAUCAGGCUCCCAUCCCGACACAUUUCUUUGUGAUCCUGACCAGCUGUGGGAACUCGACCUUCAGCCCUGUGAACUGCGAGGGUCCCCUGCAGGCCAAGUCCUUCAUCCUGCCCCACAGACCUGACCACACGGAGAGCUGUGCUGACGGGUCGGACAUGACGUGGGUGGAGGCUUGGCUGCAGUUUCACGCGGCGCGAGUCCGAGACAUCGAGCUCCUGGCCGGACUCAGCUUCUACCACGACAGGUUAUCAGUGGAAGAGACGCUACAGCUCAAGACCUUGAUACAAACUGCUUAAAACCAGAGACUUUAUCAAAUGAAGCUUUCCUUUCCAGAGGAAGCCAUGUUGGUCUGCACAGCAGGCCUCAGGUCCCGUGGACACAGCUAACGAGACCCUCGCUUAGAAAAGUUUUCUGUGUUCGACCAAAUUGAUUCCAACAUUAUGCUCCAUCCAGGUUUUUAGUCAUAUGUCUGAUUCCACCAAAAAAAAAACAGAAUUAAUCAUGUGUGAUAGCUGUAUAUUUGUUUUUAAUGAUGUUUUUAUAAAUGAUUUUAUAGAGAAAAGUCAGAGGACAUUUUUAUAACUGAGCUCUUAACACAAGACGCCUGCUGAGUGGCUCCAAAGUAUUUUCUGGGGAUGGGAACAAAAUAAAAGGGAAACAGAAACAUUUAUUGAUGAAAGAAGAUUUUAUUUAUACUACACUUGCUUUUAUUGGCAGGCGCACAAUCUGGGAACAGAUUGUGUCUGCUGCCAGAACUAACACCCGACAUGAGAAUUGAAGUUUUACUGAUCAAAAACAAAAGUUUCACCUGUCAGAUGUUGUCAUCGUAUGUGGUUGUUAUUUUUUUAUUUUCUUUAUACUGCACCAAUGUUGUUAGUAUUUUGUGUGUGUGUGCGUGUGUGUGUGUGUGCGUGUGUGUGUGUGUGUGUGUGUGGCGUCUAUGUUUACUGCAUGUAAAAGCCCCCCCCCCCUCCCACCUCUCCUACAUAGGAGCAAGACACCCAGACUGAAAGGAGAAAAAAAACUACAAACGUUGUGGUCAUUUGGUCAUUGUUUGUGUCUGUCUGUGGUUGUUUUGUACAUUUUUGAAGUUCUUUUGCGCCUCUUUGUUGUUUUACAUCUUUUUGUGGUCAUUUUGCGUCUCUGGUUUCCUUUUGCUUUGUCUUUGUAGUAGUUCUCUGUCCUUUUGUGGUCGUUUUGCAUCUAUUCAUGUUUGUUUUGUGUCUCUUUUGUGUGUGUGUGUGUGUGUGUGUCUGUGUGAGAGAAAAUAUUUCUGGGAUCAACACAAUUUCUGUUCAAUCUUUUUAUCUUUGCUCUUCACAGUGACGUCAUGUAUUACAGCUUUUUUCUUUUGUCAUAAAUUGCAACUACGGUCAAAUGCACAAUUUCACAUAAAAACUCUCACUGAC